AUGUCGAAUUUGACCGCUAUUCAUUCAAAGAUCCCGUUUGAUGAUACUUAUAUUUUAUAUGACCCGAAUGAUCUAUUUUCGUUCAUCUGUUGUUAUCUUUCACUUCUGCCUGUUGGCAUAUUAGUGUUUUACUUCUCCUGGUUCAUUAUUACUCGUGAGAUCGAAGCUGUUAUAUUAGCGGGAGGGCAUGUAGUGAAUGACAUUGCCAAUAACAUCAUCAAAAACAUCAUCAAGGAAACGAGGCCAAUUGAUUUUGGUUCUUUUCAAAAGGAUUCUGUGAGAUCAGGUUAUGGUAUGCCAAGUGCUCAUUCCCAGUUUAUGGGAUUCUUCACCAUGUAUAUAGGCCUCCGUAUCUGGUGCCAAUGGGGUGGCUUGAAUAAAUCACAUAAAAUUCUAGCAAGUUUUGGUUUGUUACUUGCCUCUAGCGGUGUAGUAGUAUCACGCGUCUAUUUAGGCUAUCACACUCUGAAACAAGUUUUAGUGGGUGUUUCAAUUGGCGCUUUAUUAGGAACAUGCCACUUCUUAGCCUCUACCAUAGUCAGAUACAUUGGGCUAGUAGACUGGUUCUUAUCUUGGAGGAUUGUACAAUGGUUUUUGAUCAAGGAUUCAUGCUUCCAGGCUCCUUUUAGUUUGAAAGAUGAGUACAACGCCUAUUUACAGAGAAGACAACUAAGCAUCAAAGCGAAAAGCGAUUGA